CGCCGCCGCCGCCGCACCAUCAUCUCAUUCUCUCUUUCUCUCUCGCCGUGACGAUUAUCCCAUAAUUUUGAUUCCCACUCCAAAACCUAGACUCGCAUAAGUUGCGGAUAUAAUCGUUUCUUCCUUGUCGCCAACAGCAAUAGGAUAAUACGUAAUAUCGAGAUUUAUUUUUUAUUGUAGGAUUAUUUUUUCUGAAACCCUAAUUGCGAGAGGUAUAGAGGGAGAGAGAGAUAGAGAGGAGAGAUGGCGCAGAAUGGGCAGGGAAUAGAGCCCGCUCUUUUGGAUGAUAUAAUCAAUCGGCUAUUGGAGUUCAGAAACGCCAGGACCGUACGGCAGGUUCAACUCUCGGAGAACGAGAUCCGCGCUCUCUGUAAUGCUUCCAGAGAAAUCUUCCUACAGCAGCCCAAUCUCUUGGAGCUCGAAGCCCCCAUUAAGAUCUGCGGUGACAUUCAUGGGCAAUAUAGUGACCUUUUGAGGCUUUUUGAAUAUGGUGGGUUUCCUCCUGAUGCCAAUUAUUUGUUCUUAGGGGACUAUGUAGACCGUGGAAAGCAGAGUUUGGAAACAAUAUGCCUUCUACUUGCAUACAAAAUCAAGUACCCUGAGAACUUCUUUCUGUUAAGGGGGAAUCACGAGUGUGCUUCAAUCAACCGGAUAUACGGGUUCUAUGAUGAAUGCAAGCGUCGAUUUAAUGUCAGAAUAUGGAAAACUUUCACUGAGUGCUUCAACUGUCUCCCAGUAGCUGCUCUCAUCGAUGAUAAAAUACUUUGCAUGCAUGGUGGUCUUUCUCCAGAUCUAACAAGUUUAGACCAAAUUAGGAACUUACCUCGCCCAACAGAUGUUCCAGACUCGGGGUUGCUUUGCGAUUUACUUUGGUCAGAUCCCAGUAGAGAGAUUAAAGGCUGGGGAAUGAAUGAUCGGGGUGUUUCAUACACUUUUGGUUCUGAUAAGGUAGCAGAAUUCUUGAUGCAGCAUGAUAUGGACCUUGUUUGCCGUGCACAUCAGGUUGUGGAAGAUGGAUAUGAGUUUUUUGCUGAUAGGCAGCUCGUAACUAUAUUUUCUGCUCCCAACUACUGUGGUGAAUUUGAUAAUGCUGGUGCAGUAAUGAGUGUUGAUGAAAGUCUCAUGUGCUCUUUCCAGAUUUUAAGGCCAACAGAUAGAAGGCCUAGGUUCUUAUAAAAUUCAAGUUCCUUGGUGCUAGCGUAUUCUUAUUAGGACCAAAGAUAUGUAACAUAUUCUGUGGGGAAUAAAUGGCGGACCGAGUGCGGAUGCUGGUUUUUGAAAAGAACAAGCAGUGAAUGUGUUGUUGAUUGGAGGGAUGAGUAUACUGUUUUAACUUUUCCAAGUGUUUGUAUUUGUGGGGUGGAAAUUUUUAUGACUCUUAACUGCUGUGUUAGUUUUUUUUGGGUGCCAUUGUUCCCCCAAAAACCCAAGAGACUGAGAGAAAUAAUGACAGAUCUAAAGUAUAGAAACAGUGUGUUUUUAUUGUGGAACUGCUGUCCAGAACAAUGUGCCCAUACAUAUAAAUAGAGGACUAAACAACACAACCAUUACAAAUAGACACAACAGUUUCUAACCAACACAUCUGUUGGAAACUGUCAUAAAACUGCCUGUAACUA